CACGUCACGGGUUGUCCAGCUGCGAGGUCCUGCAUAGCAAACCUUCCUAUUGCUAGCGCCACAUCUCUGUUAGUUAAGCGCAUACACAGGUCUGGUCAUGGAGGAGCACAGUCUGACCUGCUCCAUCUGCUUGGAGCGCUUCAAAUACCCAGUGACUAUCCCUUGUGGCCACACCUUCUGCAAGGUAUGCAUAUCCAAACACUGGGAUCAGGUGGAGCAAGGUGGAUCUCAGAACACAUCAUUCAACUGCCCGGUUUGCAAAAAGACUUUCUCCCCGAGACCCGCCCUGAACCGAAACGUGUCCCUGUCCGUUUUGAGCGAAGUGGCAGGCAACAACGCGGCAGAGAGAGCUGCUGGUACGGCGUGUAGGACAGACCGAGUUGAAGAUGGCUCCGAGGAGCUCUGUCCUCACCAUCAAAAGCCUCUUAUCUUUUACUGCAGGAGCGAUCGUACAUGUGUGUGCUCUGUGUGCUCUGUGAAAGAAUGCAAAGAUCAUGACAAGGUGCUGGUGGAAGAAGAAAGGAAUAACAGAGAAGAGGCAAUGAAGAAGAAGUCCGUGGAGAUUGGAAAGUGCAUGGAGGAUACAGAGCAUAACAUUCAGGUGCUCUCUGAAAAUAUCGCUGAAGCUAAAGUGUCGCUUCAGCAGGUGUCUCAGUGGGUCAGUGCCAAGUUCUCCCAGCUGCUGAAAGUGCUGAUUGAAAAACAAGAAGUGACACAGAGUUUCUUGGAGCAGCAGCAAGCCAGCACUGUGGCUCAGGCAGAGACUCGGCUCAGCAACCUGCAGGAGAAACUCGAGCAGCUCAGAGAGCUACAGGAGCAGAUCAGCAGCCUGUGUUCCCUCCCCGACUGCCAGCUCAUUCAGGAAUCCAGGCUGGUUGAGGUUCCACAAAUGGGUUCUGUUCCUGUAGACGUCACUGUAAACCUUCAGGAGAAGCUGAAUCCGGUCACAGACAUUCUGUCUCGUAUCUCAAAGCUGGUGUGUGAGGAUCUGGAUAAAGCUGUGUAUGCAGCUGUGAGCCACAACAAAGAAGGUUCUCCUCAAGACAAAAGACCAAUGCUCGCUGUAGUGCCAAGUCCAGCCACUCCGCCUUAUCCAGCAGGAAAAGAAGGCCUCAUUCAAUACCGCUGUUCGUUGACCUUUGACCCUCGCACGGCCAACGCUCACCUCAUGCUUUCUCAGAACAACCAACGGGCAGAGCACCUGGUCUCAGGACCUCAUCCGGUGCCAGCUGACGAGGCGCGUUUUGAUCACACUUGGCAGGUUUUGUGCUCAGAGAGUUUCACACACGGUCGCCACUACUGGGAGCUAGAGGUGUCCAAGCCUUGGGCGUACGUAGGUGUGACGUUCCCGGGCAUCCCACGCAAGGAGAAAGGCAGGACGUCCAUGCUGGGAAUGAAUGAGCUUUCAUGGAGCCUUCAGCUGAACGAACGCCAGCUCACCGCUUGGCACGGCAGCCAUGGAGAACCUGUAUCAGGUGAGCUGCAGUUAAACAAGCGGCCUCUGCGCAUCGGCAUGCUGCUGGACUACGAAGAAGGCACUUUGGCUUACUAUGGGGAGAACCAAGUGAGGCUGCACACCUUCCACUGCAUCUUUUCCCAUGAGCUCUAUCCUGCCUGCUGGAUCGGGGAGGGGGUCAGCGUCACUCUCUGCACAAUGUGAACAACUUUUUCAAAGCAAAAACCGCAGCUCAGAAUUGCAGCUCAGAAUUUCAGCUCAUGAAACAGUUUAUAACGUCUUUCUCUCUGCAGCAAGUAAACAAGCACACCAUAAGGUCACUUAAGAUGACUGGAGUAGGAAAUUAGUUCCAGGCCUCCAAGAACUGCUGUGGAGAUGGUAACCACUAGCACAUGCUUCUAACAACUUCUCCAAACCUAGACUUUUAUUAGAAAAACUGAGGCACUACGCUCAAAGACAUUAUAGAACGAUGCUCCAGCGCAAGUUAUAUUUUUUAUUUAAUGUAAUGUGAACACCUAAUUAUUAUUAUUAUUAUUAUUAUUAUUAUUAUUACUUACCUAAUAACACUUUUCCCCCCUAAUUUUACAUUUGUUUUAAGUUAAAUUUUGUGUUGCACUUCAUGCACUUUGUGGCAUGGUGAAAAUAUUCGGUACUACAAAAAUAAGCCAUGGCCUCUCAAUAAGGCAUGUUUAUCUUCCCGAACAGCUUUACACAGACGGACAAAUAAGUGGACCAUGUAGUUUAAAUCAAUCAUUAAGCUCCUAAUGCUGUUCUGUAUUAUAGAGCUUCACAUUUCCUGAGGAAACGGGAACCACGCCUGAUUCAUUGUCUGCAUUCAGCAAGCUGCUGACUUACUGCAUAUUUGUACUGCAAUCCCCAAAUUCCUGGGCAGAAAUAAAACUUUAAUAAUUAUUAUUGAGCGGUGAGCUCAGUGUCUGCUCACUACUGUAAAAGGUUAAAUAGUUAGUCAGUGUUUUUCUCCUGCCGAGAGCAAGUCAAGCCACACUUUUCACAUGUAUGGGAUUUAUUAUUCUGUACAUAAUAUUAAACAUCUCCAGCAUUUGGUAGACACCCUUAUCCAGAGUGACUUAUUUACAUUUUUGGCAUCUGGCAGAUGCCCAUAUCCAGAGUGACUUAGAAUUUAUCUCAUUUUGCUCAUCAACUGUCCAAGUCCAGCAGUGUCAGCUUGGUGGUCCUGGGAUUCAAACCCACAACCUUCUGAUCACUUCAGCACUAAGCUACCACAUAUCAUUUGUCAUUUAUAUAACUGAUGGUCAAGAGCCUUGCUCCAGGGUCAAGCAGUGGCGGCUUGGUGGUCCUGGGACUCAAACUCACAACAUUUCAAGUAGUAGUUCAUCACCUUAACCACUGAGCUGCUGCUUCCCCAUGUUUCUGGGGGCUCUUCUGGCCAAGCUGAGGCUUCAAACCCACAACCUUCUGAUCAGAAUUCCAACAUCUUAACCACUAAGCUACCACAUCUCAUUUAUAUAACUGAUGGUUAAGGGCCUUGCUCCAGGGUCCAGCCAUGGCAGCUUGAUGGUCGUAGUAGUAGUCCAGCACCUUAACCACUGAGCUGCCACUUCCCCAUGUUUCUGGGGGCUGUUCUGCCCAACCUGAGGCUUCCUCCUCCACCCACCCCAUGGCCUGUUCCAUGCCUGGGACUUGUUAAACGAUUCCUCUGAAUAAUUGUCCAUUCAGAUGUUUUGUCUUUCCAACCCCAUUCCACUCCGUCCCAGCUUUCUCCUGUUGUAUCACCUAGACUGUUCUUCAGGUGCUUGAAUGUGGUCAUGUGGCACAAUGUUUAUAAGUUCAUUGGUCACGUUGAAUGAAGAGGAGGAGGAGGAGGAGUAGUGAAUUGCCGUGAGAUACGAACUGAGAUUUUCUUCCUGUGCAGAACUACUCCACGAUAUUAUUAGCUGUACAGUAUAGAAACCUAAAUGGUUUUAAGUUUGAGGUAUUACAAAUGCCAUUUUGUCACUUUCCUUGUUUUGCUUUAAAGUCUUAGUCAUUUACCUUUUUUUUUUUGAGCCAUUUUGGUGAUAACACUGAAGCACAUAUUUCUAGUACCAUUUUAAAAAAUUAGCUUGAAUAUGGCUUCAUAGACACUUUGGUUUUAUUAGAUUAUUAUUUCAAACUUCAUAGCAUGGAGUGAGGUUUGCAAAUAUGUUUUUUGUUUAGGUCCCUUGCUUUUCUUUUCUUUGUGUAGGUGUUGUGUUCCCACAUUAGUUUUUUUUUUAAAUAACUAAAGCACACUCUGUCCUUUUCUGUCUAUAUACAAUGUUAUACACUCAACCAGUCUUGAGUUUUGAGUUUGUCCUCUGCUCGUCACAUUGCUACCUAGACGGGUCAUCUGCUUGUGCAAUAGCUAGAAAUAGUGUUUUAUUUUAAGCCCUGCGUAUUUACAUUACAUUACUGUCCUUCUGUGAAGGGAAUAUUAUUAUUUUUUUAAUGGACUGAGUUGAUUAUGUACUGUUAAACUGUCUUUUUAUCGUGACUGUUAAGAUCUGGAUGGGUUUUGAGCUGCUUAUCGUAGAUCUACAGCUCUGGAAAAAAAAAAAAGAGAGACCACUGCCCAAUCUCCAGAUUUGAACCCUAUUGAAAACCUCUGGAAUGUCAUCAAGAGGAAGAUGGAUGGUCAUAAACCAUCAGGCAUUUAGGGGAAAUAUUGUCAGCAGUUCACAAAAAAUGAAACAAAACUGUUCAUCUCACCACUACAUGCACUUGUAAGAAAAAAACAUGAUUAUUUUACAGUGGUCUCUUAUUUUUUUCCAGAGCUAUAUAUAAAGGACAGUGAAUCUUUUUGGGAACAAAACAAUUUGCAGCGUCUUCUCCACAGGGAGAAAUGAUAAACGCACUCCAGUUAUAAGUGAUGUGAAACCUAUCCACUCCACUCAUCCUAAUAUAAUACUGGGACAAGAACAUAAACCAUUUCGUCUGUUUUAUAUAUUUAAUUUUUGCCAAUCCAGCGAGACGUUCUAACACAGGACUUGAAAGUGUCAUCCAAGACAAUUAGGGAAUCUGUCUUUCAGUCUGAAGAGUGUAUUUUUAAAAUGUAUGUUUGCUGUUUAAA